AGGGGCGUGGCCAACGUGGCCGGAACGGAACGGGAAGUGACCGCGGACAGGGACGCGCCCGUUACGCAACGCCGUGCGCAAACGCUCCAAAAAGCGGUCGGCGUUGUUGACGUUUACCGCGGUGAGUCGCGCCCGAUCGACAGCUCACCCCAAGACCCAAAAAGCAGCGGCGGUCUUUGCGCUGAGGCCAUGCCCCAGGAGGCCGCGGGCCCCGGCGCCGAGCGGCUCCCCGUCCUCCGCUCCCGCGUCAGCCGCGUUCCGGCCCACGUCAUCUUCUGCAACCGCAGUCCUCGCGCCGUGCGGCCCGUUUGGGUCAACUUCAAAGGGGAGCCGCAGCCGUACGACGUGCUGCAGCCGGGAAGGGGACUUAGGAUGACGACGUUCGUGUCUCAUCCCUGGCUGUUCCGAGAUGCAGACAAGGACGAGCCGAUGCUGGUGAACGGAAAGGAGCUGUUUUGUCCCAAAGCGACGGCGAACACUCAGGUGGUUUUGGUGAACAUCACCCUGCCAGUGCUGAGCCUGAAGGAGCGCUCUCUCCAGGUGGUGCGUCGCCUCGUCCGCCCAGAGGACUACCGCAAGCUGGAGAUCGCCCGCUGCCUUCACGAGGAGCUGGAGGACCACCCCAGUGUGCUGAAGGACCUGCGGCGCAUCUCCCUCACGUUGGAACACCGAUUUCGCGAGGAGAUGGCGGUGCGGCAGACAUGAAGCUGCAGCGGCGGAUGAGUGGCUUUAUCUCCAGACACAUAAAUAAUGUAAAA